CCAUAAAACUUCUUCAUGAUUACAAGCCAUGUAUUUUGAUAUGGUAUAUGAUUGAACCGACAUCAGAGAGGGAAAAUUUUCUCUCAUUUUUCAGCUUCCACUGCAUUUGCAGCUUCAAGUCUUUUGAUGUAUGGAUGAAUCGUCUUUUCACAUUAAUGCCCAGCAAUGUCUGACCAUUUAAGUUCUGUCACAGAUUGAAUUGGAUUUUAGGCUGAACCUAGACUGGACCCUUCUAACAGAUCCAUGCCCGCUUUGGUCUAAAGCAUUUCAUCGAACCCCUGGCUGUAUGUUUACAGUUGUAGUCCUGCUGGAAAGUUGGCAUCCGACCCAGUCGUCUUCCUGUUGACUCCUUUGUUCCCGCAGAAGAAGAGUCCCAUAACAUGAUAUCGACCCCCCCAAUUGUCACUGAACUAAAAGUAUGUUUUAAAGGAGCGCACUUCAGCAGGCAUCAGCACAGCCAUGCUACCUCCUGCCGACACUUUCACCUGGGCGCACCCCAGGCUCCCAUCUCAGCAGAGUUCCCUCUCGGACACGCCGGCCAGACCCCGCAGGCGGGCCUGGCUGCCCACCUACCCACCGCACACCACCCGACACUCACUGCCCUACCUGCACCGCCUCAGUUUCAGGACGUGUCAGGGCCUUCAUUCCUACCUCAGGCCUUACACCAGCAAUACCUCAUCCAGCAGCAGCUCUUUGAAGCGCAGCAGCGCAGGAUCCUUCCCCACUCAUCCAGAAGAACCCAGGAGCGUAUUCCUUUGAAUUCUCAUCGGUUGCGUUCAGGUUAUGAAUACUCCCCUCCCAUCCAUGUUCCUCAGCCAAUAACACAGCAGCAACGAUACCUGGCUGAAGGCACCGACUGGGAUCUCAGUGUAGAUGCUGCUCUCCCUCCUCAGUACCAACUCCAGCAGCUUCCGCAGCACUAUCAGCAUUACCUGACCUCCCCUCGAAUGCACCACUUCCCCAGGAACACAUCAUCUGCCCAAGUGGUUGUUCAUGAAAUUAGAAAUUACCCAUAUCCUCAGCUGCAUCUGUUGGCCCUGCAGAGUUUAAAUCCUUCAAGGCACGCCACAGCUGUGCGGGAAAGUUAUGAGGAGCUGUUGCAGCUUGAGGACCGACUGGGAAGCGUCAGCAGGGGAGCAGUCCAGACAACAAUAGAAAGAUUCACUUUUCCACACAAAUACAAGAAGAGAAAACCUCUGCAACUAAAGAUUGGAGAGGAGGAGGAGGAAACAGACGUGGAUGAGAAGUGCACUAUCUGUUUGUCCAUGCUGGAGGAUGGAGAGGAUGUCAGGCGAUUGCCCUGCAUGCACCUCUUCCACCAGGGCUGUGUGGACCAAUGGCUGGCUACCAGCAGGAAGUGUCCAAUCUGUCGGGUUGACAUCGAAACACAGCUGAACCCCGACAGCUGAUGAGAUUUGACUCCUUGUGAUUCACUCACUCUUGUGUGAUUCCUUUCUCUCUUCCAUCCUGGCUUGCCGGUCAGCUCCCACAUGACACAGUCCAUGUGUGCCCUCCAAACCUCCCUCCCCCCACCUUAGUGGGUGCUUUGCCAAAUGUCUCCAGACUUCACGCGGCAAUGAAAAAAAAAAAAAAAACCCUGUCUAAUUAACGCUUUAUUGAGCCAAGC